AUGUUCGGUAUACAUACACCGAAUGGCCACUCCUUCGAGUCGCACGCAUACUGGUACAUGACCACGUGUCACGAACUAGCCCACGCCUUCUCGUCAGCACACGACCAGACACAUGGGUCGUAUUUGUCCUAUUUUGCCGAGGCUUACAUGUCGGCCUUUGCGAAGUCUACCAAUCACUUGCUCGCCAGGAGUUCACCCUUGCUUAAGCUACAGCACAAAGCUGUAGGUCUGAAGCAGUGUAGCGUAACUAUGGUCAACAAUAGUCAAGAUAUAGCAAUAGAUAGCACCAUGGAUGACGACGAAGAGAAGCAAUAUGUAAAGCUGGUGAGCUCAGACGAGCACACCUUCCACAUUUCACGCAGAUGCGCGAUGGUAUCAGGAACGAUCAAGUCGAUGCUCAGCGGACCCG